GGGGAGAGGCGGAAAGGGCUUGUGUUUUAUAAGAGCCAUGAUCAAAACUUGAAUGAUCAGAACUUUGCUCUUUGCAAUAGUAAGACUGUCUUGUUGCUUUGACAACUUCUCAAGCAAGCAGCAAAAUUAUUUUCUGUGUGUGAUUCAGAUCGUCUAGGUUUGUGCUGAGAGAUACUAAACUCAACAAUUGAAAACAAAGCCAGAAGAUGAGAUUCAGCCUUGUGUUAGCUGCUCUCCUUUGCUUCGUCACAUGGAUGAGCGCCGUCCAUGCAACCCAUGCACCGGUGGCCAGCUGUUGUCUCGGGCGGUCUGACACAAAAGUCCAUCCUAAAAAUAUUCUGGAUUACUACUAUCAGGAUGAAGGAGCCUGUAAAAUCACAGCCAUAGUGUUUCUGACAAAGGGUGGAUCCAGGAUUUGCUCCGACCCUAACAGUAAAUGGGCAAAAAGAGUCAUUCUGAAGGUGGACGAAAAAAAGGCAUUGCAAGAGAUGGGACAGGUUGAAGAAGGAUCACCAAGCAACACCACACCAACAGUGUCCCUGCCAUUAACAAACGCACCACAGCAGAAACGCAGAAAUGGAAAGGGAGGGAGAAGGGGCCAGAAUAAAUGUGUGUGAGGAAUCACACGACAAAGUCAGAAAAACAUCACUCUUUCCAAAUGGACUUUUCUUGCUUUAUUCUAUGAGGAGUAAACAACCAUGAAACAAAAAUAGACCUUUAUAUAUUGUUGUAUCUGUGAUUAAAAAUGUAAUGUAUAUUUAAAUAUAUUUUGAUCUUGUUUUCAUAAAUGUGUGUAUGUCAAAAGAGCAUAAAGUUUGACCUUUUCCAGCUGUUUGCCAAUAAAUUCUUC